UAGGAGGUUUAGGACGAAAGAAAAACUCCACGAAAGAAAAUAAGGCCAUUGUUCCAUCACUGAAUGAUAACAGCACUGACAUGGCAUCACAACCUAAGGAUUUGGACCACCAUUACUCUCCAUCGCGCUGGUCGCACAGGAUGGGUGCAGAUGAAGUAAUAAAGGCACACAUAAAGUCGCUUAAAGAUGGAAGCGAGGCAGCCAAGCAAGGUAAUCUUGACUGUGAAAUCGGGUUUCCAUAUGGAGAAUCAGAGAAUGAACGCUUGGACAUAUUUGGGGCACAGACGCUCCCAGGAGGUGCCCCCAUAUUUGUUUACAUUCAUGGUGGAUAUUGGCAAGAUUUAUCACGAGAAAUGUCCAGUUUCAUGGCAACAACUUUCUGUCGAGCAGGAGCUGUUGUGGCUGCAAUUGGAUAUGAAUUAGCACCAAAAGUCAACAUGGCGGAGAUCAUUCGACAAGUGACUAAGGCUGUCAGCUUUGUCCUCACCAUGGCAACCAGGAGAGGAUCAAGUGGUGUCUACCUGUGUGGCCAUUCUGCUGGAGGUCAUUUGGCCGCUAUGAUGCUGGCGCACAAUUGGAUGGACACAUGUAUGGUCAGCCCAAGUCUCAUUCGAGGUGCUGUUCUAGUGAGUGGAGUUUACGAUCUUACACCAAUUGUAAGCACGUAUGUGAACAAGCCUUUAAAAAUGUCAAAGUCUGAUGCAGUCCAACACAGCCCCAUAACCCACAUCGACAACAUAACCCAGUACAGUCAGAAUAGGCGAAUACUAGUGGCAUUUGGGGACCAUGAUCCUCCAGAAUUCCAGCGACAAAGCACGGAGUUCAAUACUAGCAUGAUACAAGGUGGUAAUCACUCAGCAAUGAUGAUUGUUCCCGACUGUGACCACUUUAAUGUCAUCGAGAAUCUCCAGAAAGAAGACUAUAUUCUCACACAGGAGAUGCUAAGGAUUAUGGGUUUGAACGUUGGAAAUAUAUUGGAGACGAUGGACAAAGCCAGCAUUUCAAACUGAUUUUGAGAGUAUUCUGAUUAAAGAGUAUUUUUUAUGUAAAAUUUCGUCAAAAUACAAGGAAA